AUGGACCAUCUGGCAGUGGCGUUCCCUUUCGCUCGUCCCCCAUGGAGCCUGGUCCGCCUUGUUUCUUACGGAGCUAAGCUGCGUGAAGGACCGACUCUGCGCCAAUCAUGCCCCAUCUCCAUCUUUAAUCCGAAGCCGCUUGCGGUACCCUCAGAUAGAGGUAUUUCCCGCCACCACCUGCCUGCCUGCCUCCCCCCAGCCAGCGAUAGGGAGAGAGUUGUGUGGUGUGUGAGAGAUGAGCGAGCAGUGACGAUUCAACACUAACCCUGGGAGGCCCGCUGCUCCCUCUCGGCAUUUCUAUCUUCCUCCGAUAUAUGUACCUAUCCAUGCUCGGACACACUCAUCAUCAUAUUCAUCUAUAUCCUUCCCGUCUCG